AUGCGUCGCGCUCCGCUCAUCUUUCUAGCUGCCGUGGCGGCAAGCAUCACCGCCGUCCAGGGAACGUGUUUCGUUCCCAACGGCACCAAUAGAAAUGACAUUAAAGAUUUCCAUCUCGACACUUACGAACCUUGCGUGAGCAGCGGUCACGCCAUGUGCUGCAACAUCAAAAACGGGGACAGAUGCGAGGCUAACGGCCUUUGUUGGAAUAAUGUGGACAAGAAGUUCUGGCGAGAGAGUUGUACGGACCCGACGUGGCAGUCGCCCAAGUGUCUGAAGCUGUGUAUCUCGGAUGAUUAUCAAAGCGAUGGCAUUGGCGCGACGGGUACAGAUAUCGUGGUGACUGAAUGCGCCGAUAAGAGUUACUGUUGCGGCAAUGACAACCAGAGGGUCAACGACUGCUGUGAAGAAGGCAAGGGUGUCAGGAUUGAGGAUGGGCAGGUUGUUACGACAUCUUCCUUAAUGCCUACUGCGUCCUCAGCUGGCGCCAGCGGUUCAGCGCCCUCGAAUAAUCAAGCUGGUAUCAUUGGCGGCGCGGUUGGUGGAGCUGUCGGAGCGGUGGUUCUUGCCCUCGCGGCUUGGUUCAUUUGGCACAAGAGGAGGAAGAGUAACGCGAGAGCCCGUGGAGAUGCGGCGGACUUGACGCAGAAUUACGUUGCUGUGAGCCAGGAAGGGGGGUACCCGACAGUGGUGGAGGCUCCGAGUUAUUAUCCUCCGGCCGAGAUGCCCGGAGAGGGACAUCCUGUUGAGCUGGGGUCGGAGUCUGUGAGGUCGACGAGUCGAAGAUGA